AUGUUUAGCUGUCACUUUCGUGUACUGAUUUUUGCUUGGUGCAUUUUGGGACCUACGCACCUUCAAAGUAUUUCAAUUGGUUGGGAAUCAUUAGCCACCUUCUCAAGCUAUGGUUUUAAAUUCUCUCCCAUCGACGAACAAGCUCUUUUCAUUCUUGAAAGCAAUGUUAAUUCGAUUAUGUCUUGUGUUCAAACAUGUCAUUCAAAUACACAAUGUCGCAUCUUCGAUUUCGAUGAUCAAUCACAUCGUUGCCGUAUUUUUGAAGGCGAUAUCACUACAAUGGGUUCUGUAGUUACUUCUUCAUUAUCUGCUCGAUCGAUUGUUGGAACAAUCGAAUUACAACCUGACAAUUUUGUUAACCGAGGUCAACCAUGUUCAUAUUGCCAAGAAAGUCGAUAUUUGACAUGUAUCAAUGCUACUUGUCAAUGCCAAUCACAUACGUUUUUUGAUGGAUCUAUAUGUCAAAGUCAAAAACUAUUGGGCGCUGAAUGUAUUGAUAGUACAGAAUGUCGAUAUGAUCUGAAUUACACAUGUCUACCACGUCAGCAAUGUGGUCGUGAGUAUUCCUAUUUAUUACUUUUUUUUUAUACAUAUAAUCAAUACAAUCCUUAG